CGACGACAAUAAUCAAGAAAUAUACCAGGCAGAAUGUUCAGACCAACACCAGUCGCACUGAAGCGAUCAGUAUGGAAGGGACCCAACAUCGUCUCGUUCCCGGUGAAUUUGCAGCAGGCGUUAAAGAAUAAGACUCCGAUUCGUACUCAGCAGAGGAGUUGUCAGAUUUUGCCGAGUUUCGUAGGGUUGAAGUUCUUGGUGCACAACGGUAUGAACUACAUGCCUGUUGAUAUCACCGACGAGAUGGUCGGACACAAGUUGGGCGAGUUCGUUAUGACCAGGACGAGGUUCACCUUCAGGCAGACGAAGGCUCGUUAAGGGAUGAACAGGGGAAGGAAAAGAAGCGAUGGAGAAGGAAUAUAUAUCGAAACGAGGGUGUCUACGAGCGGUGAAGAGCGGUGGAAGGGGGGCACUGUAGCUAAGGGACAUGCAUACGGAAAAACGAGGAAGGAUAGGUGCAGGACG